ACCAGCAACGCGCACUGCUAUUUUGCGCGCACGCAGCCGGUAUACGUUCGGUAAUCGAAUGACAUCCGAUCACCUGAAGAUUUUUUGUGACAGAUAGUGUUGUGCUCGUAUUUAUCCAAGUUUUUGAUAAGGUUUUUACUACGAUCGGCAUCCGGCUAUCUAAUCAACUUAUAACGAACGAUAUAAAUUAUUGAUUGCUUUUGUAGUGGAAGGGUCAUAUUCUUCAGUGAAAUAUGAGGACAUGAGAUGAGUAUUAGUGAUUUCGUAAAGUGAUGGUGUUUGUAAGCGAUGCCAGACUGGCGAUACAACGUGCUGUCGACGAGCGAGGCGUUUAUAGAUGCCGAGGGGGCUCCACCUCGCGACCCCUUCGCCGCCAGCUAUCCUCGUCGUGCAGACCGCUCUCGACCUCCGCAUACCUGUCCGUAUACAACUAUCUUCCACGGAGCCCGCUCUCAUGUUCCGUAUCGCCUGCCGCCUUUACAUAGCGAUCCCGGAGAUCCCUACGCAGAUGUAUAUUCCGUAGACCGAUCUUCCAAUUUGACGGACACCUCGAGUUUUGCUCGCUAUGAAGACUGUCGCUCUCCCGUAGAAAGCAUCCAAUCGCACACAAAAGAGCGUAACCACCCCAGUGAAAGAUUGGAUAGCAGUGUUGGAGUUCAAAUACAAAAAGUGCCAUAUGCUUCCAAUGUAUUUUUCAUAUCUACGCAAACAGAAGCAGUACAGCGAGAUGUUAACGGUGCCAACCUAUUUGUUGUCGAGGGGUCGGAAUCAGAUGCAUUGUCGUCGUGUACUUGUGACAGUUUUGAGCGAUGCGAAUUUGAUUGUAGGGAUUUUGAACCUUUCUCUGACACCUGUUGCUGUGAUCCUCUCAGUGAUGGGGUGUGUAGUCGCAGUCCGAAAGAAGUCGAAUCGCCAGAGAAUUUUUGUGAUACAAUAGUUGAAGAAGAUCGUGUAUCAGUACGGAGUGAUAUGGAUGGCUUGGAUUUGGCAUUAUUUGAGCCAGCGCAAUCUGAUCCUGUGGGAUGUGAAGGCAAUUCAGCAGAUCAAAAUACGACCUCUGUUUCUGCAGCUUUAUGCGGAAUUUUGUACGCGCUUCCUGAUAGUAGUGAUACAGCAUCGAGUGCCACGAGCGGUGCGACGUUGGGAGUGCCGCCCUCUUGGGAGCCCUUCUACUGCGUAUUGCAGCAAGAUCGACGCACGCUCACCGCCUAUACUAGCGAGGAACUUGCUGCUUCCAAUAACAACGGUGAAUAUACGACACGGAGUUUACCGCGAGUACGGAUAGAUGGCGGGACUCAAGCCGGUAACCCUGGGGUUAGACUUCGUUGUUGGGCCGCACCACCGUCCAUCACAGAAGAAGAAGCAGAAGACGAAGUGGAAGAUGAUGCUGUAUCAUUGAGAGCGCUUCCUGUUCAAGACACAUCAUAUGAAAAAGCAUGUCGGCGAGGUUCCGCACCAAGCACGCCCAUACCAGGCGCUCAGGCGCAGCACAGUCCAUCGCGUCUUGCGUCCUUCUUCUUCUCCAAGAGAUCCUUCAGAAGCAAUCCCUUGAAACGAACAAAAUCCGCCACCAAGUUGGAACGGGAGAGGAUACUCGCGGCGGUCCCUACUCAUCCAGCUACACAUGCUUUACGGACUUCAAGAUCCCAUGAAAGUUUGUUAUCGGCGCAUUCGCCCGCUGUAUCCACAAUGGAUUUGGGACCUCCAAAUCAAGUAGAAAUUCGUGCUCUACAUUCGUCGGUGCUAGGCAGGCCGCACUGUUUUGCAUUGAGUGCAGAAAACCGUGCACCUAGAUAUUUUGCUUGCGCGUCACGUAAGGAAAGAGAUAGAUGGAUAUAUAGUUUACGCCAGGCAGCACGACCCGAUGAAAUACGGACGAGGCGAUGUGAGCGAACGGUGAAGCUUUGGUUACUUGAAGCAAAAGCCAUUCCUCCCAAAAAGAGAUACUAUUGCGAGAUUCUCCUAGAUGACACCUUAUAUGCGAGAUCAUCAUCGAAACUAAAAACGGAGCUGUGCUUCUGGGGCGAGGUGUACGAGUUCAGCGCGCUGCCGGCGGUGCGCGCGAUACACGUCAACGUGUACCGCGAGCCCGAGCGGCGUGCGCGCAAGCGGGACAAGCACGCGCUUGUUGGCACAGUCCGCAUCCCAGUGGACGACGUAUCGUCCCGCUACCUGAACGAGCGCUGGUACGGGGUGAGCGAGGGCGACAAGCCGCAGUCGCCGGGCCGCGCGCCCGCGCCCGCGCCCGCGCUGCGCAUCAAGUGCCGCUACCAGUGCGUCGACGUGCUGCCGCUCGACUGCUACGCGCGCUUCCUCGACUACCUCAAGCGGAACUACCGCCGGCUCUGCGAGUACCUGGAGCCCGUCAUCGGUGUAAAAGCAAAGGAGGAUAUCGGCUGUGCCCUCGUCCUCUGCAUGGCCGGUGCUGGCUUGGCCCCACGAUACUUAGCGGAUGUAGUGGCCCUUGAUGUACGAAGGACUGGCGACCAUUCGCUUACUUUUAGAGGAAACUCGCUCGCUACUAAGAGCAUGGAGGCGUAUUUGAAACUCGUUGGUGAUCAGUAUUUACAGGACACGCUGGGCGAAGCGGUAUGCGCAGCGGCGGGUCCAAGCGCAGCGGAGUGCGAAGUGGACCCGCUGCGCGCGGGCUCGAGCGCGGCGCUGCGCCGGCAGCAGGCCGCGCUGCGGGACGCGGUCACGCUCGCCUGGCGCGCUAUAGCGGCCUCCGCACCGCGCUUCCCGCCGCCGCUGAGGGACUGCUUCGCUACUUUUAGGGAAAGACUCGCCUCGAUGGGCAGAGAAGAUAUAUCAGACAAUCUCAUCAGCGCUUCAAUAUUCUUGCGCUUUUUAUGCCCGGCUAUACUGUCCCCGAGCCUCUUUGGAAUUACUCACGAAUACCCGAACGAGCGUGCGGCACGCAACUUGACGCUGGUCGCGAAGACGCUGCAGACGCUGGCCAACUUCACGCGCUUCCAGGGGAAGGAGGCCUUCAUGGAGUUCCUCAACGACUUCCUUGAACAGGAGGCACCCAAUAUGAAGGCCUUUUUGAGAGCUAUUUCUACACGGCCGCAAGAGCAACAAGCCCAGCAACAGCCACAGCAACAACAGCAACAGCAACAGCAACAAGACAGCAAGCGCAACUCGUCCACGUCACAAGGGUCCACAACAUCAGAGUCGCAGAUAGGCAGUGUGGAAGCAGACCCCGAGUGGGCGCCACAUGUUGACUUGGGCAAGCAGCUGGCCACAUUGCAUGGCUUGUUGGUGGAUAGCCUGCCGAAACUACCCGCUGGGAGGAUACCGGAACUGGACCCACUAUCCGACAUAUUGGAAGAACUUUCUAAGAAGUUAGUUAGCAACGAUAUCGGACCGACAACCCAAAUGACUGAUAAUAUAUUUAGGUUCAACGAUCCCACUUGCAACACACCAACGAAACAAAACAAUGAAAACGUUGUUUCCAACGGUCCAAUAAACAGUAACUUCGCUCACAGUUCACCCAUCAUGAACAAAAACGGGGUCCAAUUCAACAUAAGUCCGUCGAAAUCUAACGCAGAUGAAUCGAAGUACAAAGGAUCAUACGUAACUGUGUCCAAAUCGCCCAGUUUUAAUUUACGCUCCGCAACGCUACCCAGAAAUGGAUAUGGCUCGAGCCCGGGAAACCAAAAUGUUAACCCGGACAGAUACAGCUCACAAUACAACAACCAAGAGCACUGCGUUAACUUGAAAGUCGUACAAAUUGGUUUCGGCUCGGAUCAAUAUCCAAAAGGCAUCAGCAAUGGCUUGAACGAAAGCCUCGAGAGACGUUUCCAAGACAGAUACAAGCCAAACAAUAAUUUCAAUCAACAGCACUAUCACAAUAAUUCUAAUUACAGCAGCACCGAAAGAUCUCCGAGUAGCGAUAGUAUUAAUCACAAUUAUUGCACAAACGAAAUGCAGAAUAUCAUAAAAGAAACUGCCACGUUAGAUGAGUUGUCAGAUUUGUUGAAAUACGCAGAUGAUUCCGAUAUAGUUGACGAAAAGAUUAUGAACAAAAAGAAUAUAGCUCAAUCGAAAUCGAACAACAAUAUCGUGAACGGGAACAAAAAUUACACAAACAACGGCUCAAAUGUUUCUAUUAGUGGUUUGUCGAAUGUCGCCAGUUCCGGUUACCAAAGCAUCGCUACGUACAGCCAAAGUUCUAGUCCCAUCGAGAAUACUACACAUCAUCAUCAGCCCUAUGAAAACGGCGGACAACCUUUGAGUCGCUAUUCGCAGCUAAAUUACCAAAAACAAAGAGAUAAACAGUAUUACGACAGUAAAAACGAAAAGUUCUAUCCAAAGAGCCCAGUGCAACAAAAAAUCGAAUACGACAUUCAGAAAUAUGGCAUACAAAACUUUACCACUGCCGAUAAUGUACAAAAUAACACAAAUUCAAACUCAAAAAUUGCUCCAUUGGUGUUCACGAAUCCCGUUUAUAAUAUGGAGGAUAAUCGACAAUCGCAAGAAAAUAAAAAGAAUGAAAAUAGAAACUCCAAACGGUGUCCAUGUGGCUCAUCCAGUUCAUCCAUAGAUGAGGAGGGCUUGAGCACUGACAACGCGGAGACUAAUUCUGAAGAGGGUUCUACCAACUUCAAUGACGAUGGUAGAAACUUCGACCAACAGAAUCAUAACAGUACCCACCGAAAACUCACCAGAGAUAAUUGUAAUUAUGAAGAUGUCUAUCAGAGGAGUAAUCACAGUAACUCUCCUAGAAUAAGGGACGACGAAUCGUCUAGUAAUUCGCCAAGUCUACGCAAAAGUAGCAAGACGCGAAUGCCCAGAACAAACCCUAUGCUCUCUUACUCGACUAACCAAAAUCAACUCAACCUCAAACACUUCGGACAGAGAGGCGAGUCGCUGUAUGAAAGUAAACCGCACCACAUAUCCACGGAUUCAGGGUAUCCGAUGAGUAGAUCGGAUUCGAACGUCGAAGAAGUGAAUAAAGAGAUGUAUCGACUGCAGAUAUCGAGGAGUCAGAAAGCGUUGUACAAUAUGGAGAAUGCGAAGAAUUCUCCCGAGAAAUUUGUAAACGACAACUCUAUUCCGGAGACGAAUUAUCCGCUGGAUAGAGCUUAUUCGGGUGCAAAGAUGUCUAGCAGUAGAUUGAACGAGGAUAUGGAGAGGCAUCAGGAUUAUUAUGGUGUGAGGGAAAGACGGGAAUCACCGUCUCGUGUGUUCAGUAGGGAGUCUCACUCGAGUGAGGCGAGUGAACGCGUCCCAGUGAGGACUGAGAGGGACAUCCCAGCGAGAGACAAACUGCAGCGACGACUCAGUUUGGAGUCUGCGCGGGAACUCACUGACAGUUCAGAUGAGAUGGACGACACGCUCUACAGCACUACGGGACGGAGACGGACCAAGCAUCAUAGAACUAUUGAACAGUAUGAGCGUGAAAUAGAACGACUAAAAUGUUCAGUGGAAUUGUUGCGCGGACGGCUCGGUCCCACCGACGCUGGCACAGACCACACCGAUGCUAAGAUGAAGGCUAUUAUAUCAAGGUUAAUCUGCGUGGAGGAGGAGUUACGGCGCGAGCAACGCAAGAUGGCGGCCGCGCUGUCACACAAGCAGCGCGUCAUAGAAGCGCAAGAGCACAGAAUAGCCGCGCUCGAUGAAGCAAACACGCGGCUUCUCUCCGCGUUAGUGCAUUUACAGCAGCGGGCCCCACACCCCGCGCCCGCACACAACAAUAGCACUCACUCGCCACACUCUCAUCAGGAACUACAAAUCUAGAACUUUCUCUAACGAUUCGCAAUAGCAACGUUAUUUUUUUCAAUCUGACGGGCUGUGUUCACAAUGGGCAGCGUUGUCGAAGCAAUCACAAUAGUGUAGAAGAUCGAUCGUCAUUGUAGAUGUUUAUUCAUAAUAAUUGCCGUAAUGGCGGCAAACAUCGACGAUUAUUUGUUGGGCCAACGCUGCGCUUUAUGAAGAGAGCCCAUAACGAUUCUUUACAGUUUGACAAUAGCAACGUUCUUUUUUCAAUCUGAAAUAUAUGUAGGGCAUUAUUAAAAUUCGAUUUCUCAUAUUACUCUGUAACGGUUUUGCAUUAAUCUUUGUAUAGUAGUAAUUGGUAGUCUCAUAUAUUCUCAUUUAAUUUGCACAAACUAUGACGAACAAGACGUAUAAGUUAAAAUGCAUUUCUAAUUAUGACAUUUCUGUUGUAACCCUUUAUUGAAAUUAUUGUUAUUGUAUUAUUUUAACUUAAUGUGGAUCACAAUUGUUUAAUUUGCCAUUUAUUUUGUUAACGUUGUUACGUUAGUUUUAAUGACAUAUGCUUUAAAUCAAUUUAUCGAGCUCUACACCAGUAUUCUGUAUAAUAUUCUGAUUUCAAAGUGAAGUUUUUUGUUUUCUAUAACAAUGAUACCAAAGACGAUGAAUAUCCCUUAACUAGAGUUAUGGUGGCGUAUUCUGCGAUUGUAUCUCUAAUUGUAUUUUAAUGUGUUAUAGAUUUUAUAAUAUUAUAAGACUUGUAUGAUAAUAAGUAGAAGUAUGAUUAUUUGUAGUGGCUCGGCAUUGGAAUAGAAGAGAAAUAUUUUUAAUACCUUUGAGUAUUACGUGCGUAGAGUUUAGUGAUGUGAAUGGAAAAUUGUAUGAUUUCUUUUUCUGCAUUUCGGAAAUGCUCUAACAAAUAUCCUCUAUUGUAACAAUUUUUGAGUAUGCAAUCGAUAGACAUUCAACAACUUAGUUGUUUUACAGUGAAAAUUUAAUUUUUAAGCCAUAAAUUUUGUUAAAUAUACCCGCAUAGGUAUGUUAUAAUAUACUUAUCACAUUAAAUUAUGAAUUACA